AUGGGGGUUCCCAAGGAAAGCAACGGCUUGGACGUUGUCCCGCUGGGCGAUUCCCUCGCCGCCACCCACACAGGCCCGAUUCUAGUAGAUAUUGGCGGCAAUACGGGCCAGCAGGCCGCGCGGUUGGUGGCUAAGCACCCCGAGCUGGCUGGCAAGGUGGUAGUGCAGGAUCGUGACGAAACCAUAAGCAGAGCCCCAGCCGUCAAGGGGGUGCAGCUGAUGGCACACGACUUUUUCCAGCCGCAACCCGUCAAGGGUGCCAAAUACUACUACCUCCGGGCGAUCCUGCACAACUGGGGCGAUGACGAGGCGGUGCGGAUCCUCUCCUCCAUCGUGCCGGCCCUGGCCGCCGGUGGCGGCUCGCAGGUGCUGAUCGACGAGGUCGUGCUGCCCGAGGAGAAGUCGCACGUCUGGCCCGCGGGGCUCGACCUGCAGAUGCUGGCCCUGUUCGGCGCCGGCGAGCGCACCGCGCCGCAGUGGGACGCCCUGCUGGACCGCGCGGGCCUGCGCGCCGUCCGCGUCCAGACGUACGCGCCCGUUUACCGGGGCUGCGUCAUUUUUGCCGAGCGCAAGGACUGA